CUCACCACCCAGAACCAACCAAACUCCGACCACACGGAAAACCCAACCUUUGCUUCCCCUUCCUUCCAAUCCACCAGAUCGACGAUUCGCCAUGCUCCCCCGUGCACCACUCCGGCCAUGAGCCUCGCGCUCCAUGGCGCCGCCCCGUGCUCGCGCCCUCCUCCUGCCGCUAGCGGCGGCCACCGUCCUAGUCGCCUCCACCAUCUUCCUCUUCGCCGCCGCCGGCGCCAGCCGCUGGCGCCCCGCCGACACCGGCCUCCCCGUCCCGGCCACCCCCGCCGACUUCUCGGCCGUCCCUAUCGGUGUGAGUGUAACAUCCGCCGCCAAGGGUAAAGAGCUCUCCUUUCUUGAUGAGAAUGGCCGCCCCGACGACCCCAGCUCCGGCUCGGCGGCGGCUGCUGAACCUGGGAGAUGCGACCCCCGCGACGCUGCCGUCAGGGUGUUCGUUUACGACAUGCCGCCGGAGUUCCACUUCGGGCUGCUCGGCUGGGCGCCACCUCCCGGGAACGGCGGCGGCGUCUGGCCUGACGUCAGGGGCGGCACAGUCCCGCGCUACCCCGGUGGGCUUAACCAGCAGCACAGCGUGGAGUACUGGCUCACGCUGGACCUCCUGGCAUCCUCGUCAGCAGCACCGUGCGGUCCGGCGGUGAGGGUUGCCGACUCUCGUGAUGCGGACGUGAUCUUCGUCCCCUUCUUCGCGUCCCUCAGCUACAACCGCCACUCCAAGGCCGUGCCGCCGGAGAAGGUAAGCAGAGACAUGUCCCUACAGGAGAAGCUCGUCAGGUAUCUGGUGGCGCAGCCGGAGUGGAAGAGGUCCGGCGGUGCCGACCAUGUCGUCGUUGCGCACCACCCCAACAGCUUGCUCCACGCCCGAUCGGCGCUGUUCCCAGCAGUGUUCGUGCUGUCUGACUUCGGGAGGUACCACCCCAGGGUUGCCAGCUUGGAGAAGGAUCUCAUUGCGCCAUACCGACAUAUGGCGAAGACAUUUGUGAAUGACACGGCCGGGUUUGAUGAUCGGCCAACAUUGUUAUACUUCCGGGGAGCCAUUUACAGGAAGGAGGGAGGAAACAUUCGGCAGGAACUAUAUAAUAUGCUCAAAGACGAGAAUGAUGUUUUCUUUUCCUUCGGAAGCGUCCAGGAUCAUGGUGUCAGCAAAGCCAGCCAGGGAAUGCACUCAUCAAAGUUUUGCCUAAACAUUGCCGGGGAUACCCCGUCUUCCAAUCGUCUCUUUGACGCUAUAGUAAGCCACUGUGUCCCUGUUAUCAUAAGUGACGACAUCGAGCUCCCCUACGAGGAUAUCCUAGACUAUUCAAAGUUCUCCAUCUUUGUCCGUUCCUCUGAUGCUAUUAAAAAGGGCUACUUGAUGAGGCUAAUUAAAGGCAUAAACAAGCAUCGAUGGACAAGGAUGUGGAAGAGGCUCAAAGAAGUGGAUAAACAUUUUGAGUACCAAUUCCCAUCUCAUAAGGAUGAUGCGGUUCAGAUGAUCUGGCAAGCAUUGGCCAGGAAGGUGCCGUCGAUCCGACUGAAGGCACAUAGGUUUAGAAGAUCUUCAAGAUCUGAAAGAGGAAGCAAAUAAACAGGAAGGAGGUGUAUGUAUUGAUGAUGUGCUCCAGAUGAUAGGGCAAGCAGUGGCUAGGAAAGGUGCCUUCGGUUCGGACGAAGUCACAUAUGUUUAGAGGAUUUUCAAGAUCUGAAAGAGGAACCAAAUAAACAGGAAAAAGUGUGUAUGUAUCUUGCUUCUAGGCUAAUCUAACACAGCAUUCACUGACACUGGCACAUCAGUUGCAUUUUCCCUUUGAGGAACAUUGUAAAUUAGAAGAUUCAGGUUGAAUGUUUGGUUAUACCUUGGAACAAAAACAGAUAGCUCAGACUUUUAUUGGUCCAGUUGAAUGUAUGUUAGGAAGGCAAAUGCUUAUUGUUAAUGUAACAUAUACUCCAUCCGACAGAUAGCUCAGAAUGUAUGUUUGCUCGGAGUUUAUCCCACUUCUAUAAUUUACUUCAAAAUAGUCCCCCUGUCUGGAAUUAGUUGUCACAUAAAUGGAUAACUAAAAUAUGUCUUGAUACACUCAUUUCUCCGAAAUGGCUAAAAAUGGAUGACUAAAAUACGUCUUGAUACAUUUAUUUUUCAAACAAAUAUUUGAUACAUUCAUUUCUCCGACAAAUAUUUUCAGACGGAGGGACUAUUUUGAAGUAAAUUAUAGAAGUGGGAUCCAUGCUAGCUGUUUCCGAUGAUGUUGUGACCAAAGCGAUUGAUCUCAUGUGAAUUUAUGUUGUGUAUUCAGAAAGGUCCAGCAUAAAGGCAAAUCAAAAUGUUUGGGCUCCUUCGAUUCAAAGGAUUUUCAUAGGAAUUGUUGAUGAUUAGAAUCCUUACAAAAUUUUCCUAUGUUGGUUGUUUGAUUCAUAAGAUUGAGUAGUAUAUGAACUUUUUCUAAGGAUUUUUUAUACUACUUCCCAUUGAAUUUUUAGCAUUUACUCAAAACCUUUUUGCAAAAAAUUCUUCAUUUUUCCUAUGUUGCAAUCAAACAACCCAAAAUCCUUCCUGUACGUUGCGAUGAGCGUGACAUUCGAAUCCAAUCUUAUGUUCUUCCUAUUCCGGCAUUUUUAGAAUCCUGCAAAUCAAAGAGGCCCUUAACAUUACAUGUAACCUCUGCUAUACCACUCCAAAACCGCAGGCAUAUCUUUGAAACAACAGGACACAGAUUUCAUGAUUCAGCACAUAUAACUGGAAAACGUUUACCCGUAUCAUCAAAAAACAUUCAAAUAACAUUUGAAGAGUCAACGAAAGGAUAUAUUAUCAUAUAUUUCACAGUAUUAAGCUGAGACACAAGUAUACAACGGGCUCGCAAAACAUAUUACAACGGCAUUUCUUUGAAUCUUUGUCUCAUACAAAUACAAUUCAUACUAUUACAACAGGAUCCUCCACUAACAGGCUGAAUCUGCAUGGCAGCCGUCAACCAAUCAGAGAAAGAUUACAGCGCGCAGCUCCUAAAGAAAUUAGACACCUUAUUAUAGGUAAACUAUACUAUCACAGUCUCCGGGUCAUGUAUUCGUCUCAAACAGGAAAACUGGCACCCUUCCCGCUUCGAAGAGAGGGAUCAAAGACACCUGCAGAAUAAUAAUAAUCAGAAUUCUGUGAAAUUUCAGCAAAUCAACAUCCAUAAUAGCAUAUUACUUUCUACUAUUAUGGAUGUUGAUAUAUGUAGUAUUGGACAAGAGAUUAAACACGAAUCCGCAAAAAAAAAAAACCCAUACUACUUGAUAUGCACUUCCGCAUGAAAAA